AUGACGAUAAUGGAGAGCCUCCAGAAGAAUAGAGCGGCGAUUGCCGUCUCAGCAGCCGUCAAUGUCGGUUCAUGCCUCUUUGGUUUCGACACAGGUGUCGCCGGAGGCGUCGUAGCUCUAAAAAGCUUCAAAGACGAGUUCAACUUGGCAUCAUCGACAGCUGUAUAUGCAGAAGCAUCUUCCAACAUCAUUGCCCUGUUAAACGCUGGCGCCUUCUUUGGAACAUUUAUACCGCCAAUACUGAACAAGUACCUCGGUCGAAAGAUAAUGCUUGCUAUCGCCGGAGCUUUCUUUCUUGUGGGUGGCAUCCUCCAAGUUGCCGCUUCAGGCCCGACCUUGGGCUUGAUUUACGCUGGAAGAAUCGUCGCUGGACUUGGAGUUGGCAUGAUUUCGAAUGUCGCGCCAGUCUUUGUUGCGGAAGCAGCCCCGAAACAUCUCCGUGGGAUAAUGAUGUCGCUCUUCGAAAUGUUUCUCGUCAGCGGGGGCAUGUUGGCCUAUUGGACGACCUAUGGCUGCUCCGUACACCUCGACUCGAAUGCGACUCAAUGGCGGACUCCAUUGUCGCUACAGAUCAUUCUUGCAGCACUUGUCAUGAUUACAACCUUUUUUAUCCCCGAAUCGCCUCGUUGGUUGGCGAAGCAGGACAGAUACGAUGAGGCUACAAAGAGUCUCUGCUAUCUAAGGAAUGCGACUCCUGAUUGUAGUGAGAUAAUUGGUGAAAUGGCAGAGAUUCGUGCUCAGAUACACGAAGAGAUGGCUCAAACACAAGGUCGCACGAUACGAGAGCUCUUUGAGUCAAGGAAUCUAGCCAGACUGAUGUGGGCGCUCGGAGUUGCUAAUAAGAAAUCUAGGUGGUGUGGACAUAAUGCUAUCCUGUAUUAUGGGCCGACCGUCUUUGCACAGAUCGGAUACACUGGGCAGAACGCUGCACUCAUGGCGUCAGGAGUCUUCACAUGCAUCAAAUUUGCUAGCACAAUUGUUUUCAUUGUCGGCGGCGUGCACAUAUUCAAGAGAAAAACUCUCAUGGUCGCUGGCGCCUUCUUUAUGGGUGUAUUUCUUUUUGGGCUCGGAGCGGUACUGAAAACCCAUCCUCCGACUGCGGAAGGCAAUGGUGCCGGAUCUCCAUCCGCACAGGGCAUGAUGGCCUUGAUUUAUCUAUUCGUCGUGGCAUAUUCUGUGUCAUGGGGGCCUCUGCAGUGGAUAUACAUUGGCGAAAUCUUUCCCACCCGCAUACGCGACUACGGCAUGGGUAUUGGUGCAGCAAACAUUUGGCUUUGGAAUUUUGUGGUUUCGAAAAUCACCCCCAUCUCAAUACUACACAUUGGCUGGAGAACGUGGAUGGUAUUUGGCACCCUGAAUGCUGUUGCAGCGAUCUUUGCCUGGCUACUCCCUGAAACCAAGGAUCUGUCAUUAGAGCAGAUGGAUGUCUUGUUUGGAGUGGUCGACGAGAGUAAACGCCAGCAGGAUAUCGAAAAUAACCUGCAGGGGACAAGAGUUGAAAAAUUAUUGCCACUCAAUGAAGUAAAAUCGGGUUGA